AUGGGCCUCCUUAUGUAUAAAGAAAUGGACGUAAUUACUCUUAAUUGUAUUGUUACAGAACCUCCUAGAACUGUUUUUGAUAUUUCCAUCAAUAAGAACAAAAUCGUUCAAGAUGAUUCGAGACUUGAGCAACUUAGAGAUCCCGAUGUGUCAGUUGAUAAUGUGUUAGAUAAAGAAGAGGUAAAUGAAAUACAGCAUGUAAUAGAUAAGAUCAAGAAUCACUUCAAGGAUACAGAUAAUAACAAUAUUCACGUUAUUGUUCAAGGUGAAUAUCAGAUUAAUAAUCCUGAUGAUGAGGAUGAAGAUUCUGAACCAACUUUUUCUAAUGUCACAAGUAGAGACCAUUUAGUCAUGGAUAAUGGUGGUUAUAAUAAUAUUAUUGGUAAAGAUGAAUAA